UUAUAGCAGUACCUAAUGGUAAAAAUGUGAAACAGUUUCAUUAUAAAACCUAUGUUUUCAACAAACGAUUGUUUUCGAAUAAACUUGUUCUACCAAACACACCGUGAAAUCGUUCCGUACCGUGGAUAUUGAUGGGCAAGACUGUCGGAUCGUGUUAAUGGGUCUUUACUCCCGCGCAACGCAACAUUAAAUGUUGCAUACUUUAUUAUGCAACAACGAACAUAAUCGCUGAAACACAAAUCAGUGAUUAGUAAAUAAAAUUGUUAUUAGAUAAUAAAAGUGAUACGAAAAUUUGUGUUAACAAGUUUAAACUUUUCUACAAUGAUUCUACGGCUACUGACCUCGAAUAUUCGUUUCAACGGGUCGCUCCGAACAAAUGUGCUUGGAAAUAUUAGAUCACAGCCUACCAAUAUCGCGCAAACCCCAAUCAGUUCUAAUUUCAGCACAAGCCGGCUUUCAGCGGCAUCCGUAGGCAAUCGUGCAUACGAUGUUAGUACCAACGUUGCUAAAGAUGUGAUACUGUUUAAGUACGAGAAUCCACGGUUCUUUCGUGUGCUAAACAUCUUUGCUAUAAGUCAGUUUCUGUUCUGGGGAUAUCUAUCGCAUUUCGCUUUUACAACGCUCAAGGAUGCACCUGUGCCGCAACAGGACACCGAUCAGCUGGCCUGGUACGAGAAAAUUAACUUGGGAGAAAAUAAAUUUAGGAAUGGAAUAACGAUUAUGUCCUUCCUGAUCGGCUACGGCAUUUUAGCUGCAUCGUGGACAUUUACCUUGCGAUCGGUACGUUUUCUGAUUCUACGCAAGGGUGGUCAAAAGGUCAGUGUAGUUACCUACACGCCGUUCGGAAAAAAUCGGAUUAUGGAUGUUCCAUUGAACUGCAUUUCAGCUCAAGAAUCUAGAGAGGCUGCACGUGUGACGAUACCCAUCAAAAUUAAGAACCGAUCUCUUUUCUAUGUCGUGGAUAAAAAAGGUGAAUUUACUAAUACACGAUUGUAUGAUUACACCGUCGGAAUGAAACGAACUAAAUGAAAUGAACUAAAAUCC